ACCGUGGACCGGGUAUCCAGGAAAAAACACCCCUCCCCAUCCAUUUUAUGCAUUUUGUUGCAUGUUUUGCAUGACAAAUUGGAUGGGGGUGGGUGUUUUUUCGUGGACCUCGGGCGCCGGAAAACGCCCGGGGAUUGGCUGCACGCUUUGGAGUGCCGGCAGUGCGACGCGAAUUACUUCCUUUGGUGGAAGGGCGACUACUACGACGGGGAUACGCGCAGGGGGUUCGCCAGCAUCCCCGUGGACCCCAAGCGCGCUUUCACCAACCCGCUGUAUGUCGCCGCGUCGGAUACUUCUACCGGUAAUUAUGGGGGUAGUACUAUCGCGGGCAUGAUCGCUGCGCGGAACUUCGACUACGGACCGUCUAACGGAGCGGACUACCACCGAAUCAAUCGGUGCGAACCCUGCGAGCAAUUGCCCUGCACCUUUUGCCAGUUGAGCCGUCAGACCAGCUACUUUAACGGACGGGACGCCUCAUCGGGUCUUCACGCGAUCGGGGACCAGAGGCCUACUUUGUUGCGAGUAAACACCAGCCUCCACGCGGGCGGGGAAGAGUUCACCGGCAGUGUGCUGUUCCCUCGGCCCCCGCUCUCCGACCAGUGUCGACGGCACUGUUACGGCUCUGCCAAGUACCACGACACUCUGCUCCUGCGCAGUACGUGGGGCGCCGUGUACGGCACAGUCCUGGACUACAAGCGAAUGCGGGACAAUCCUGAAAUUGAUCAUUCGUUCCUAGACACGUACGUGUCCCUCCACUGUGAGUUCUGCAAACACGCGUCCCCCGGGUGCAAGAGGUGCCAGAGGUUGCAAUUCCCCGACGUGAACACGGAUGCGUGGUUUCGGCGCCCGUGGGGCUAUCGGUCGGUGGAAAACUACGCAAACGCCGAUCCGGACGAAAUGCAAAGUCAAAGCGCGGUGGGCGACCCGCGGAACUACACGA